GCCUACGACCCCGACGACGCGGGCCUGACCACCAUCCUGCCGCCCGCCGGCCAGUUCGAGGCGUUCUACCCCCGGCAGGCCUUCGGGCAGCCCAGCGGCUCGGCGCGCUCACCGCACGCCCACGGCUCCUACUACUCGCACCGCCACGCCGCGCUCGUGGACGCGCCCAACGCCGCCGCCUACGGCUUCAGGUUCGACGGCAAGCGGCGCUUCAACUACGACUGACAGCCAAGAUCGACCACGAACAUUGUUAUUCUGAAACAAAUUUCCUCGAAUGUACUGGCGCUGUAGCGUUGCUGUAUUCUGGAAACAUGAAAUAAAAUUAUUAUGCCAG